AUGAACGUCCGUGUGCGAGUUCUGGAUGUCACCCAUGUCAGCCCGGAGGAAACCGCCAACCGACCACGAGAUCACGCCGCGAUUAAGCUCUCGCCCUUCGAUACCUUCAUUCUCGCACUCCCACCGGUCCAGUUUAUCUUCUUCUACAACGACGUGAGCCUCCCACCAUUCCCGUCCCUCGUCAGCUCUUUGCGGACCUCCCUCGCCGCCACGCUCGCCGUGUUCGCCCCCCUCGCCGGCAAGCUCACGGCCUGCCCCAAUGAUGAUGUGGUCAUCGACUGCUCCCCCGACGCUGUUGGCCCCGGCGUCAAGUUUGUCGAGGCAGAGUACUCCGGCGACUCCGCUGACAUGCGCCGCCUCGCCCGGGACGUCGAGCACGACACCGAAGCGUUCUUGCAGCUCGUGCCAGAGCUCGAGUUGGGCAGGCUGCCUGCCCCCAUGCUCGCUGUCCAGGUAACACGGUCGAUAGACGAAGGCGGAGGCACCGUGGUGGUCGGGGUGUCCAUGCACCACGCGGUGGCCGACGGGCUGUCAGUGUUGCAUUUUCUACGGGCAUGGUCUGCCGCGUCGCGGGAUAAAUCGAUCACAGCGGCGGGGAUCGUGCCACCGACGUUCGACAAGACAAGGAUCCUGCAGCACCCCAAAGCAGAGACGUCGGCGCGCAUGUUCACCCGCCUCUCCGCGCCGGAUCUGCCCACGGUGAACAUGCUCCCGGAGCCGGACUGGACGCGGCAGAGCAGGAGGACCUACCUGCUCUCCGCCGGCCAAAUCCAGGCACUGAAGCGACGCAUCCUCGAGAGCCAAGCAGCCAAGAACAGCGACAGCCAGCCAUCGAUGGAGCCCCCGACCACCUACGUCGCACUCGCGGCGCUGCUGUGGACAUCCAUCGCCCGCGCCAAGUUCUUGGACCGCCACACCGACGCCGCGGACGACGUGUACUUCCAGUUCCCCGCGGACUGCCGUCGCCGCCUGCGCCUCGACCCCGGCUUCUUCGGUAACUGCAUCAAGGUCUGCUACGCACGUGCAACGGCUAGCGAAAUCUGCGGCGACGACGGCGAACACGCGCUCGCAUCCGCUGCGGCGGCGGUCCGGAGGGCGAUCCGCGAGCACAUGGAGGAGGAGGAGGACCCGCUGGGCGACGUCGACCUGUGGGUGGAGAUCAACCGGGGCGUCCCGCAGGAGAGGCUCGCGAAGCAGGGGUCGUCCCACCGGUUCAUGGCGUACGAGGUGGACUUCGGGUGGGGGCAGCCGAGCCGGGCGGAGGUCGUGUCCGUGUUCAGCCAAGAGAUGGCCACGAUCGUCGGAGCGCGGGACGGCGCGGUGCAGGUCGCCGUGACGCUUGACCGGGAGUGCAUGGACGGCUUCCAGACUAUCUUCCUGUCGCAGGUUUCAGCAUGCAUGAUCGAGCACCAGAUGAAGUCUCGAUGGACAAUAAUACCCCCAUGUCCUCAAUUCAUAUUUCCUCCCUCAAACCACCCAGUGAGCCGCGUCCCGGCGAAGUGGACCAGCACGCCCGACGCCGACCUCCCCACCCACCUCGCGUGCGGACGAUGUGGUAGCACUUCGUCGGGGAAAGAAGACCAGGAGGAGCUCGCUCUCCUGCGAGGCUGUGGGGUCUGGAGCAUGGCGAGGGUCGCGCUGCUUCUCCUGUAUGUUUCCGGUGUGUUUAAGCUCGCACGGACACUGCUCGUGGAAUUAGAUGCCAGGCCUCCAUUUUUCUGUGGAGGUAGAGGCCGGCUCGCCAUGUCGCGUGGCUGCGCGCUGCAGCUGCUCUCACACCCGUUGCUGACCGCCGCGCAACUCCGGGAAAUCCACGCCCACCUGCUCACCUUCUCGACCCACCUCGCCUCCGGGCGCUGUGUCUUCGACGAACCUGCUCCUGGACCUCGCUCAUCACGGCCUACGCCAGGGCCGGGCAGCUGA